AUGUCGCAACAUGCAGAGUUGAAUAAGCGCAGUUGCACUCGCUGCAGUCAAAGAAAAGUGCGAUGUGACAAAAGAUAUCCAUGCAAUGGCUGUACCAAAGCCGAAGUCCAGUGCAAUUAUCCAGGCCCGCAAAGAGCUCGGCGAACAUUGAACAGACCACCCAUCAGUGAGCUGCGAGAUCGCCUGAAGCACCUGGAGGAAGAGCUUGCGCAACUUCGAUCGGCCGAUCGGAAAUCGGACUCUGGCUCUGUGGAAGACAGCCACGCGAAGAAGACGGUACUAGUGUUGAAAGAAGGAAAGAGUCGCUAUAUCGGAGACGAAGCUUCCAUAGCCCUGGGAGAGCAGCUUCGGGACAUCAUUGAGAGCUCUUCGGACGAGGAGUCGCCAGAUGCAUCUUACUUUGGAAUUCUGUCCGAAAGUGGCAUUCUGAGAGGUGAAAAUGACUCCCACUUCCUGGACUCAUUCCGGAUCUAUGUUGGAUCGAGAACUGAAGCUUUGUGGAGAGUAUACCUAGAGAAUGUAGCGCCGCUCAUCGCCAUUCUCCACAAGCCAUCUAUGGCCCAGAUCAUCCAGAACAAAUGUGCGGAGGUCUUUUUGGCUCCUUCUGAUGAAGCGUUGCUCUUCUCUGUGUACUUCGCAGCAGUGGUCAGCAUGAAGCCCUCUGAUUGCCUCUCUAUUCUGAAGGUCGACCACGACACGGCUAUACAAAACUUCAAAAGAGCUGUGAGCCAGGCCCUCCAUCGAGCCAACCUCAUCAAAUGCCAGAGUCUGUCCACUCUUCAAGCGGCAGUACUCUUUUUGCUCUGCUGUCGCGUGGGUGGGGAUACUCGCCUUGUUUGGGCCGAGUCUGCCGUGGUGAUUCGAGUGGCACAGGCACAAGGUGUCCACCGUGAUGGGGAUAAUUUCGGAUUGCCUCCUUUCGAGGCUGAGAUUCGACGUCGAUUAUGGUGGCAUAUCUGCAUGCUGGACAUGCUUUCCUCCCGGGAUCAAGGGGUCGAUACACAAAUCAGGCCCGAAAUGUUCGACACCAAGUCUCCACUCAAUGUCGACGACCACCUCCUCACUCCUCAAAUGACCGAGUAUCCUGAGCCGUCUAUCGGCUUCACCAAUAUCACAAUAUGCGUUAUGAAUUGCUCUAUGAUGACAGAGAUCCUCUGGUCGGAGAAAUUGGGUGAAUCUUCUAACCAGUCAACUCAGGACAGAGCAAGCCGUAUCACAGCGUUAGGCAAGCGCAUCCAUGAACAAUAUUUGAACCAUUUCAAUCUCGAGAUUCCCAUUCAUUGGGUCUUCGCUACGAUCAUUCGCCUCCAGCUCUCUCAGGCAUGGCUAGCGGCACAUUUUCACUCCGGACAAGACCAAUCGUUUCAGCACAACGAUAGCGUCUUCGAGACGGCAGUGGAGAUCGUCCAGUUUGCAUAUCUGCUCCAGACUAAUGAAGCGACGACCCAAUGGAGCUGGCUCUGUAAAAGCUACAAGGAGUGGCAUGUCGUGGCUUUUAUCCUCUCCGAGCUAUGUUCCCGUCCUCUGAGCCCCGAAACCGAUCAUGCGUGGGAUGUCGUGACCAAGAUGUAUCAUCUAUGGCAACGGAACCAUCCCAAUUCUGAUGCUUUGCUGGAAAAACCGCUGGAUCGGUUGAUGGAGCGGACCACGGCUUCAAGGGCGAGCAAACAGGGCGUCUCCUCACAGUCACAUACUUCUUUUGACCCAGAUUCGGCCAAUGGGUCGUAUUUGGAGGCUGGAGACGGCAUUCUAUAUGAUCUAGAUCAGAAUCUCGAAGAUUUUGGAGGCUUGGAUUGGCUUUCCAAUUCUUUGUUUUAA